CACCCAAAAUUCAACUCUGCCAUCAUUUAGUCACUUCGCCUUCUUCUCCUGUUGAAUCUCAACAAGAGAAUCAAAAUCAAACCCUAUAAUCUUCUUAAUAAUAAUGGCAGCAUUAAUCUCACACAUAUUCUCAUCAUCAUCCUUAAUCUCACUUGGUCUAUACCAUCUAAUCUGCUCAACUCGUAACAAUCUCAAAUCAUCACCUCGUGAUUACAUAAUCAAACCAUAUCAUCCAUUCCCAUCAUCGUCUCCAUCUUCAAAUCUCAAAUAUCUUCAACUCUAUCUCUUAAUCGUAUCGCUUCUAAUCUCCUGUAUUCAUCAAACAGUCAAUUCAUUAUCACCCGAUCCGCUCCUCAAAGGUUCAACACCGGUCCACCGGUUCACAUCUCUACAGAACUCAGCCGUCUUAUUCCUCUUCUUGAUCCUCAUCGUUUCUAUCCUCAUCUCUGAAUCAACGUCUUUACUUCCGUUCCCUAACGACCUCUUCUUUGCCUUCGCGGCCAGCGUGUUCUUCUUGCAAUAUUCCGUUUCGUCGUCUUCGGCCUCCGUUCAGGUGUCGGAUUUACAGGCGAAAUGCGAUGCGGUGUCUGCGAGAAUUUCGGGAUUUAUGUCGUUGGUCUGUGUUGGGAUCUGUGUGAAUCCGAGGUUGUUUGUUGCUGAUGUGGCAUUGGGGUUUGGGUUUUGUUUACAGGGGCUAUGGGCGUUGCAGACGGGAUUGACUUUGUAUGUGGAAGGGUUUAUACCCGAGGGUUGUCAUAGGUUGUUGGAUGUUGUGAGUGGCGUUGAAGGUUCGACGAAAUGUGAUUUGGAAGAGUCCAGGUUGAGAGCAGUGGCGAUAUUGGAUUUGGUGUUUGUGAUUCACGUGCUGUUUGUCAUUGUUAUUGUUAUGGUUAUUUAUGCUGUGGUUGCGAAAACUGUUGGGAUUAGACGGUUUGGUUCGUAUGAGGCGUUGCCGAAUUUGCAGAGCUUGGAUUCUAAUCUGAAUGUGCAAAUGAAGUCGAUUUCUGGUACUCAGGCUUGAAUUUUUGUUGUUCCAGAUAACUACAGACAUUGUUGCAAAUAGCAGGCGCAUGAUAGUUCGAUCUUCUCCAUAGGCAUGGUACUCUGGUGUUCAUGUGUAGUAGUAAAGGGCAUGGAUGGAUAUUGGACCAUAAAGAUAGCACUGUAUUUCAGUAUCUAUGCGAGCAGGAUUUUUUUUGUUAGGCGGUAGCGUUAAUCCUGUUAGGCGUAGCGUUAAUCCAUUAAUCGUGUACUCUUUUGUGUAAAAAAUCAGUGGUAUGAGUUGCCACUUUUGAGAUAUAGAUCUGCGAACUUGGUGUAGUUCAUUUUUUCUUUUUGGUACUGUACUCUCUGUUAGUAUAUUUUUCUAUCCUUUGGAUGAAUUGAACACCUGAAAGUAUAUUUUAUACCUCGCCGCAUAGUUAUUCUACUAUGUUCAAUUGCAGCUCAAUUGUAGUGCUGUGUUAUGUGCAA